AUCGUGGUCACAGCAGUAUAAAAACACUGAAGUGGGCGUUGUAGUUACAUCUGUUUUGAUUUUGUUGAGUAAGUUUAAAAUGGUGCAACUAUCCAAAUCCGGAGUGGAAACUCAUUUACUGAAGGCUGGCCAUCCUCCGGCAGUGAAGGCUGGAGGUAAGCGCGUGGCCAAGAAGAGCUGGGAGGAGGGCACCAGCCAUGUGAACCCUGAGAAGGAGACCAGGAGGCCUGAUAAACCCAGGUCCGCGGCCACUGGUAACAGGAUGCAGCAAGUCAGUGUGCUUCUGGCUGGGACUCUGGAAAAGUUGGGCCAUGACUUCCCAGAGACCCCGGUGAGCGUGUGGCACAGCAAGCUGCGCCCGUCUGUGGAGAAGCCUCACUCUCCCAGAAGCUUCUGCAUCCAGCAGCCCCGCAAGUGUUGAGGGAGCCACGGCAUGCUCCGAGGGAUGGCAACUGUGAAGACAAACGGGGAGGUUUACACACAACGUGAUGGGACAGACAUGGGAUGUCAGAAGAAUUUGUGUCUUAAGUGACGUAGAACCGGAUCAGUUCAAGUUCUGAAGUGGUCCUGGUCUUUAGGCCUGGCGACUUCUAAAGUCGACCUUUGCAGGUGUAUUUGGUCUUUGCCAGCAUUAAUUGUGCCUUUUUAUACAAGUUUGUAUGAGAAGCCCUGUAAUCUUAAAAGGACCAAUGGGCAUUGGUGGGGGGUAAAAUGUAAGUUAUGUAAGAAGGGAUAGGGAAGAUUUCUGAUUUGACUCAUGUUGGUAAAUGUUUUGUUAAAAAAAUAAUCUUAGCACUUAUAACGGCUUAAUAAAAUUGCAUGGCAUCACAUGAA